UCGAGUGAAGCCUGUCUCCAUGGCGACGCGGUGACUAGCAUUGACCGUGGCGAGCCGCAGUUUUAGCAUCUGCUGCUCGGGGAUGAUUAGUUUGCGCGAAUAUCCCGUUAUGAUGAGCGCAUGUGGCGCAUUUAAUCUAUAACCAGAUGACACCGUGUAGCGGUCCUCGUAUGGCGGCUCCAGGUAUGAUGACUUUCCAGGUUAACGCGUCGCUACCAACCGCAAAGGCUUUAAUAUCAGAGGGAAGCUCGAGUUGCAGCCAGCGCGGCCCUGAUGCGGCUGGAUAUCCAGCGUACAGGAACUUCGGGAUGGGGGCAGGUGGAGGACAAGCAGCCUUCAGACAAAACAAUCAUACGAGGAGGAAAUUCCCUGUGAUACAACCCCUGAGCAAGUCCAAGGACUGGAGAGCCUUGGUCAGCGGCAUCAUAGCAGGAGGGUCACCUAAUUUAGCCAAAGAUGACAAACUGGAGUCAGAGACUGACCCAAAGAAGGACAUCUCUGGGAGACACUUUCUGUUUGAUAAGCAAUUUACGAGGUUGGAGAGGACCAGAACUGUGAUUCCUCCACUACCAAGAGACUACCACAUGCACAGACCUGGCAACCUGCAUCCCUUCAGCCUCUCCAAGGAGCUUUCCCACAGCCAUGCUGGGCGGCCCUUCACCCUGGGCUACCCUGAAAGAUAUGAACUGAAUACAAGUCCAGCCAUCAUCAUUCCUUCCACUCUAGUCCUCAACGGCAGAAACACCUUCUCAGUUGAGAGCUGCAAACUCAGCAGGCCUAAGGUGAAUUAUCCAAGCUACAACCUAAUGACUGUUAAAGACAAUCAAAAGAACCAGUCCUAUCCAGACCCAAUGGUCGGAGCCUCUCGCUCUUUCAUCCACAGGAUGUCUGAGCUGUCCUCUUUGGAAGGCGAGACGGUGAGACAAGAGAAGCUCAAGAAAAUGCGGAAGCCUAAAAAACCUCCAUCCUGACAAUCAGCUUCAUCCCAGUCACCCUGGUUAAGGAUAAAAACCUCAGAGUCUGUGCCAAUGGCGUCUGAACAAAAUAAAACAUUUGGUGCACCGUGGUCAUUUCA